GGAAAAGAAGUGUAGUUGUGAUGGAUAACUGCUCUACCCAUCACUUAAAGAGGAUUAUAGACAUUUGCUCGCAGGCCGGGGUGUACCUGCUGUAUCUGCCACCUUAUUCGCCUCAUCUCAAUCCAAUUGAGCAGUCCUUCCAUCUCUUAAAGCAGUGGUUAAAGCGGUGGAGGGAUCUAGCGCCGAGGCCCGAGGAGUACGAGGGACUAGAAGGUAACGGGUAUAAGUUGGCAUAGAAGGAGCACCUUGAGGAGGCGACUUACGCUGCACUACAAGGGGAGGAUAUACGAGGGCUGUUUAGACAUGCUAAAGUCGACUGUUAGAU